UACACAACCAUCUGCCGCGGUCGCAGUUGCGUUGCAGGUAGAACGUUCUCUAUGUUUAGCACGUGGUAUCUCGUAGUUCAAAAUGAGUGAUCAAGAAGUAAAUUUAAAAUUUGUGGGAGAGGUAGAAAAACACGAAGAACUGUAUAAUUACAAACUUCCUGGGUACUCAAGGAAAGAUGUGACCGAGAAAGCAUGGCAACAAGUUGCUCGCGAAAUGAAUAUGUCGGUUGCUGAGUGCAAGGAGAAAUGGCGCAAUCUUCGUACGGUUUUUAUGCGGAAAAUGAAGCCUCCUCCAAGUGGAUCCGCAGCAAAAAAAAGGCAUAUUAUUUGGAAACAGCUAUGCAAUUUUGUUUGCCAUUUAUAAAAACAUUGGCACCUCCCUCAUCUGGAAACUUGCCGUCAGUGCCAUUUCCCUCAACCAAUGAUGAUGGAGUUAUUGAGAAUACAGAAAUAUCAUCUGCUAGUGACUCUAUAAUGGAUAUCUUUCCCCCGGUGCAAUCCUCACAAGCAUCACUUACACAAUUAUCAUCGUCGGCCAACACCCAACUAACAUCCCCAGCUUUUCCACAGUACCAUAGUUCAGAGCAACAAAAAAAUGAUUUACUACAGUUUUCAUCGCCUACUGGAGCAAAGAGAAAAUUUACAUCGAAAAAUAAAUCAGCAGCAGCAGUCGCAGAUCAAUCCGUCGCUGAAUAUUUCAAAGCCAAAAAAGUAAAAAUACAACAGACCAAGAGAGCAACGAAUCAGAAAAUUGACAGGAACGAGGGCCUCAAAAUGUUUCUACUUAGUAUGUUACCGGAACUGCAAGAACUAAGUGAUUCACAAAUCAAAGUUUUUAAACGUCGUUUCUUAGCUCUUAUUGAUGAGAUAUCAUCUUCAUCCCAGGACCAUAAUCAGUUAACGUUGCCACCAAUGAUCUCACCACAAUCUGAUUCUUCAUCAACUCAAUCCCAAAACCAGCACCAGAUGCCAAUCUAUCACUCAAUGCUCUCACCACAGAGUAGUUCUUCGUAUAUGUCGGAAACGUCGCAUGAGACGCAAAUGUCGCACGUAGCGAAUACGACAGAAUAUUAAAAAAAAUGUUCACAGAGUAU